AUGAAUUCUGAAUACAAUCUCAACGUGUCUUCAAAAAUUCCGAUUGUCAGAGAUGAGAAUGGAUUCCGAUCGGAAUGGGAGAGAAUGACCACUUGUAAAUUGAUAAUCACUAUCGGAGGUGUCUGCUGGGCUGUCUUCGUCCUCACAUUUGGACUCUACAACUACUGUGCAAUCAAGAAACCACCAGCACCCAUUUCCUUUGAUGAGGCACUUUGUGCGGAAGAAGAAGCUCUAAUCGGAACGAAAUCUCAAAAGUCGUCAAACGACACCACGACUGCAAAAAGUUCGAAGAGCAUCAGGAAAUAA